GAAACAAAUUAUUUCAACGUAUUAUCAGAACAGAAACCUUCCUAUUUUAGUUGAGAUUGAUAGUAUCAUUUAGCACAUAACAUGGGUGGUAUAGGCUCUGCCCCUCCAAUAAACUCUCUUGAUUUGUCCAAUUUUUUGCUCCAAUCAGACUCAACCACAGCGAGCACCUCCUUCUUCAUGCGUGAUCCAAUCCUUCCAUCAUCUUCUAGACCUUGUUCGAACCAUUGGGAUCAUGACGUCUUUCUGAGUUUUAGAGGUGAAGACACUCGCAAGAACUUCACUGAUCAUCUGUACUCUGCCUUGAUACGGGCCGGAAUUUGCACCUUCCGAGAUGAUCAUGAGCUUGGAAGAGGAGAGAUCAUCUCUAAGGAACUAAUCAACGCAAUUCGUGGAUCAAGGAUUUCCCUUGUGGUUUUCUCUAAAGGCCAUGCUUCUUCCAGGUGGUGCCUUGAUGAGCUUGUGGAGAUCGUGCGCUGUACAAAAAACAAUGGCCACACUCUUCUUCCGAUAUUUUACCAUGUGAAGCCCUCGGCUAUCCGAAAACAGGAAGGAACUUUUGCUGAAGCAUUCACUAGGCAUGAAGAGCAGUUUUGAGCAGUUUUAUGAGGAAAUAAAGAGGGUACAGAGUUGGAGAGUAGCUCUUACUGAAGCUGCAGACUGUUCUGGCUGGGAUCUCGAGAUUGUUGCAAAUGGGUAUGAUGCUAUAGACUCUUUUUUCAUCUUCUUGUAUUUUUUUUAACAUUUUGUUUUUUUUCAACAUUUAGAUGAUACUUGAUAGAACAAUUAAAGUUGAUAGAAUUAAUUAAAGU